GCCAGUGGAGUUCAUUGAGUUGAGUGGCGGCGGCGGUGGCGCUGCUGCUGCUGCUCCAGUUACUGUAGUUGUGUCUGUAGUUGUGGCGGUGACUGCUGCUGCUGCUGCUGCGGGCUUGUCGUGUGCGGACGCCGUUUCAUCUCACUCGUGGCGCGGCCGCUCGAUUCGUCUCGCACCUCGAACCCCCCUGCGAGCGCCCCGGCACCGUUUCAAGCCGAGCAGCCCGCCGACCCGGGCGCUCCGUUCGUCGCAGGCCCACUAGGCGAGACCGAGGCUUGGGCCUAGUCGGGGCGAGGAGAGCUGAAGGCGGAGACGACGACGAGGAGGAGACCAUGGAUGAGGGCAGCCCAGAGUCACUGCUGGACCUGUGCCUCGGCUCCUUGUGCUGGAACCUUGAGAGCAUGUGCACCACGGCUCCCGACGGCUUGCUGUGCCUGCGGGAGCACGUCGUGUUCCCGCAGGAGCUCGCCGACCGGCUGCUGAAGAAGCUCGCCCUGGCCGACCAGCUGACGGACCACACGGUGGCGGUGUUCCGGAACACGCGUGCCCUGCGCGUGCGACGUGCGUGCGUGCGCUCGGCGCGCCUCUCGGCGCAGGCGUUCGAGCGGUCGCUGGCACGGCACCCGCUCGUGGAGCUGGACGCUCGCGGCGUCAACGCCGACAUUACCGUCAUGGACGUGGUGCGCGCGCUUACGGGCGCCCGCCGCGGCUACACCCAGCCUCCAGCGUACAACCAGACGCUGGAGCGCCUGGCUGUGGACGGCAUGACGCUGUCGCUGGAGGAGCCCUACGAGCUGUGCCUGGGCUCACUGCGCGCGCUGCGCUGCCUCAGCGUACGCAACGUGCUCUUCUUCACGGAGGACUUGCGCGAGGUGGCACAGCUGCCCUGCCUCGAGUCGCUCGACAUCUCCAACACGUGCGUCACGGAGCUGUGGCCGCUGAGCGCCUGCGCCCCGCGCCUGCGCUCCCUCUCCAUGUACCACCUCAAGCGGUUGCGCAUGACCACGUCGCAGGUGUUGGAGGUGCUGGAGGAACUGGCGGAGCUGAGGCACCUGGACAUCUCGGACGACAAGCAGUUCACGUCGGACGUGGCGUCGCGCCUGCUGACGCGCACGCACGCGCUGCCGCACCUCGUCUCGCUCGACAUGUCGGGCCGCGCCGGCAUCACGGACGACGCGCUGCUCGCGUUCCGCAAUGCGCACCCCGGCAUGCACUUCCUGGGGCUGCUUGCCACCGACGCCGGAUACGCGCCCUUCCUGUCUGGGGAUGGCACGCUCAAGGUGACGGGAGAAGCCAAUGAAAACCAGAUAACGGAAGCUCUACGCCGCUACGGGGACCGCGCAUUCUUCAUCAGGGAAGCGCUUUACCACCUUUUCAGUCGCACGCCAAACCUCAACCAACCUCGCCCAGACCUGCUCAAGCUGGUGGCGGACGGGAUGCAGAGCCACAGCAAGAACCUGGCGGUGCAGAUCGCGGCGAGCGCCUGCGUCUUCAACCUGAGCAAGCAGGAGCUGGCGGCCGCCAUGCCCGUGCGCCUGCUGUCCCGCGUGGUCGCUCACACGCUCGCCGCCAUGACGCAGUUCCCCAACCACCAGCAGCUGCAGAAAAAUUGUCUUCUCUCGCUGUGCAGCGAUCGCAUCCUUCAGGACGUGCCCUUUGAUCGGUUUCAGGCAGCAAAGUUGGUGAUGCAGUGGCUGUGUAACCACGAUGACCAGAACAUGCAACGCAUGGCGGUUGCCAUUAUAUCCAUCCUGGCUGCGAAGCUAUCCACGGAACAGACAGCACAGCUGGGGUCUGAGCUGCUCAUCGUCAAGAAACUGCUGCACAUCGUGGAGCAGAAGACGGCGGCGUCUGCUAUCGACACAACGCUCAAGUUCACGCUGAGCGCGCUGUGGAACCUCACGGACGAAUCUCCCACCACGUGCCGGCACUUCAUUGACAACCAGGGCCUGGAGCUGUUUAUGCGCGUGCUGGAGACUUUCCCCACUGAUCCGUCAGUACAACAGAAGGUGCUGGGGCUGCUGAACAACAUCGCGGAGGUGACGGAGCUUCACCCGCAGCUCAUGAGGAAGGGCUUCAUCGAGCACAUCGGCUCCCUGCUGUCGAGUGGUGAGGUGGAGGUGAGCUACUUUGCGGCCGGCAUCAUCGCUCACCUCACGUACCGCGGGGAGGCGGCGUGGAGACUGGAGCCGCGACUACGCGCCACGCUGCUCCAGCAGCUGCAAAGUGCCAUCCUUGGCUGGACUUCCCCAGACUGCGAGAUGGUUGCGUACAGGUCAUUCUCUCCGUUCUUCCCGCUGCUCAAGUGCGCCGACGCCUCGGCCGUGCAGCUGUGGGCCGUGUGGGCCAUGCAGCACGUGUGCAGCAAGAACCCGGGCCGCUACUGCAGCAUGCUGCUGGAGGAGGGGGGCCGCCCGCACCUCGUGAGGCUGCAGCGCUGCCUCCGCACCGCACGCCACGUCCGCGCCAUCGCCGCCAGCGUGCUCCAGCGCCUCGACGCACACGCCACCGCUUGCGCUGCCCCCGACUCGUAGCCUCCCCGGCCAUCCGCUAGGUCCGCUCGGCCUAAAUUUACGUGAAGGCACGGGGGUGCUCCGCAGGAGGCCACCUGAUGGCCAAGCGCAGCACGGCACAGCCGUGCCCCCCCCCCCCACCCCAGUACCUUGCCGCUCCCAGCAUGCCCUGGGGCUAGCCAAAGCCGCCCUCUCCGCAGGGUGAGUGCAGUCCUAGGAACGUUUCCCAGCAUGCACUGGGCUAUGAUAGCAGACACUUUUCCCAGAAUGCUCUGGGCUCUGAACGGUGGACCCAACGUGCACUGGGUUCUGCGAAUACUUUACCUGUUGGCAACAAGUCUCCCAUUCUGCACCGGUGCCAACAUGUGCCCGCUUUACAGCCUGCAAUGGGGCAUGGGAAGCGGUAACACCCGGGAGGGCACUGGGACUUGCUGGUAGCACUUCCUAGCAUGCACCGGAGGCCUGCUUGGCACAUUUACUACCCAGCAUGCAAUUGGUGCCAUCGGCUCAUCCCGUCGGGGCAGUGUGCACAUUUCCCCAAAGUCACGUGGCCAGGCAAAUGGGCUCCUCCCCAACUCACGGUACUUGUCGCUACGUGUACCCAAUCUUACUUUGUAAAAUAUAGAUAUAUUUAACUCUGGCCCCUAACAGAUGAUGAUAGCAAAUCCCAGUAUGUCUUGCAAAUUAACAUGCCCCCCCCCACGUGCAUUAAUAAGUGCGCUAAUGCACUCUAGACUGUUACACACCUCUGCUGCCCUACGCAGAAGUCUGGUUUACAUGGAUUUUGCAAGAGAGAGGAGUAAUUUGCAAGAUACCGACGCACGGAAGCACCUGAGGAGGCGGCGGUGGUGGCGGCGGCGGCACCGAAAACAAUGCUCAACGUGACUCGGGAGAAAUGGUGUCAUCCUUACACCGACUGUAGCACCGCAAAAAACACUAUUAGUAUUAAAUAUUAAUGUAAUUUGUGAAGGUGCCACACUCGUAUCCUGACGGAUUAAAAACAAGGGCGAUUUUAAAAGAACCCGUUGUCUAUUGUAUAUGUGAAUAUGGUGAAUAAUUGACUACACACGGGCUGGUUCUUUGUGCAGCGUUGCUGCCCACACGAAUGAUGACCACUCUCUCCAGCGAGCCAGCGAAAACGCUACAUACAUCCCUUCCUCCCUCGCGCUCUACGAUCCCAGCCCCACUGCAUCACGGAUCUUGUGGGGUUUUUGUUCUCUUCCCUUUUUUGCACCAGAUUACAAAGUGGAUGGAUUGAUAAGAUGAUAAAAAAAACAUUUUAAAAAGGUGCUUUAUAUGAAUCUGUUCCAUACUGCAUUGUAUCAAAAGAGUUCUGCUUUGAAUAAAAAAAAAGUUAAAAAGUA